UAAUAUAGAAACAAAAUCAUUUAUGUCAAUUUUAAAUCCGAAAAAAAAAAUCAAAAUUGUAAAUCCUAAAUGGGUACCACAUUGUUCGGCCAGGUGUUUUUCAGAGCCGCUAGUAGAUCAAAUGCAGCUACGAUCAAUGUAGCAAGUGAUAGUCUGCUACAUUAUAUGUGAAAUUAUUACAUUGAUCGCUGCAAGAAGUUAGAUAUAUUUCGUCAAAAUAUUUAUCACUUUAAAACAUAUAUCAAAAAUUAUAAACGCCUUAAAUUUAAAUUGAUUUAUUAAUUAAAAUUUUGUGAUAGUAUUUGAAUAUUGCGCGAGGACUUUAUCGGUGCACAAAUAAAAAAAUGUUAUUAUGUACACUGUAUAUUAGAUGACAAAGUAUCUUUGUACAUUAUUUCUGUGGCUAAUAAAUAAAAUAAAAUAAACUUUUAGGUCAAAGAACCCGUGGAUGUUCUUGGCAACACUGAUCUUGUCUUGGCAACAUUAAUCCUGUUUAUGACGCCAUGACGCCAUUACAUGACGCAGUCUUUUGUCAUUGUGCGAAGUAACUGUGCGUUUUUGAAUUACUCCCUGUUAUUUUCUUCUGACCCGGCUUUUCUUAUUGGACUGAUUACUCUGACGUUUACCUGGCUAUAAUUUGGACUUCGAUUGCUUAACGAUUUGUAUCGACUGUUAUUCUUGUGUUGUUCUACUUGUUUUACGAUGUCAAAACGAGGGAAAACGCUUAACAGUCAAUCUCGCGAACAAGUGGUGAAAUUGUUCGAAUAUUUCGAACGUGAAUCUGUCAACGGUGGACCUCUUUUACCUGUGUCACAACCUAGAGAUCGCGUUGCUGAAGCAUUAGGAAUAGGGAAGAGGACAGUAACCCAAAUUCUUAAAGAGAAACAUGGAUCAUCAGGUACUGAAGAAAAUACGUUAAGUACGCCGAAGAAAAGAAAGAGAGACAAGAAAGUUGUUGACAUUGAUAAUUUUGAUGCCGCGGCAAUCCGUAAUCACAUUUAUGGAUAUUACUCAAGGAAAGAAUAUCCUACACGGAAAAACCUAAUGAGUUCAUUAAAAGAGGUGGGCUUAUUUUUUGGCGGUAAAUCGUCAUUAUCAAAGAUUUUGAGGUCCAUUGGAUUUAGAUAUAAAAAAUCUGACAAGCGAAAAAUCCUGCUGGAACGCUACGACAUAAUUUUAAAAAGAUUAACAUUCUUACGUCAAGUAAAAACAAUUACAGCUUGGGACAAUGUUGUAUUUAUUGAUGAAACAUGGUUGAAUGCGAACCAUACGGUUUCCCAGACAUGGACCGAUGAUACAGCGGCUUCCACCUCAAAAGUUCCGUUAGGAAAAGGAGCCCGUCUUAUUAUAUGUCACGCGGGCUCAGCUUCUCAAGGAUUUAUUCCAGACUGCCUCCUCGCAUUUGCGUCUAAAUCUACAAGUGAUUACCAUGAGGAAAUGAACUUUGAGGUUUUUAAAGAGUGGUUUGCAAAACUGCUUGCUAACUUAGAAAACCCAUCAACAAUUAUAAUGGAUAAUGCACCGUAUCAUUCUGUACAAGUUGAUAAACCGCCAACUCAAGCAACUAAAAAGCAAGAAAUUGUCUCGUGGCUGGAAAGAAAUGGUGUGGAAGCAAACCCAACUUUAUUAAAAGUUGAGUUAUUGAAUUUGGUCAAAGCAACUAAGCCGUCCAAGCCUCGCUAUGUAAUCGACGAACUAGCCCUAGAGCAUGGACACGAAGUAAUUCGAUUGCCUCCCUACCACUGCCAGUAUAACGCUAUCGAGCUUAUUUGGGCACAAAUAAAGGGUCAUGCAGCGCGUAAUAAUACGGAACCACCCUUUAGUACUGCAAAAUUACUAACUUUGUUACAAAAUGCAUGUGCAGAAGUAACCACAGAAGACUGAAGAAAAGUCGUUGAAAAAACUAAGAACACAUUUUUAAAUGAUUUUGAACGAGACGUGAGAAUAGACCACAUUAUUGAAAAUGAAUUUAUAAUAUCUCUGAGCGAGGACAGUAGCCAUAAUGAUGAUAACGCUAGUUAUAACUCUAAUAGCUCAACUGAAUAAAUAUUUUUUGUUUAAAUACGUACUUGUCUUAUUUUCAUUUCUAAAUUUCCGAGAGAAAAUAAUAAUGAGACAGGGAUUUGACUGUAAUUUUUUUAUUUGAUUUUCAAUGGAACAUAUUUAAAAUAACAGUACCUGUAAGUACUUUUUCACAAUAACUACAAUCA